UUCGUGUCGUGAUGAUUCUAACCGUGUGCGCAUGCACUUGCACGUUCUAGUGAUAAUGACUUCGAGAGCUCAUUACACAUGACAAGAAGUAUAUAAUGAACCCACUUUACAACCAUCAGAUUGGCGGAAGAACGUAAAUCCCCUGUACAUGUAUCCUGUCAUAAGAAUGAUAUAAUGAGUUCUGUUGCUCUCAUGGUAGGUAAUCACCUACGUACAACUCGUUUGAAUAGGCUGAACAUGAAAGCAGAUAGUAAUAAAUGGUAAUUAGGCAGAUUGUGCUUAUAGCUAUAGGCACUCUACUACCACGGCAAAAAGUUAGUUGGUAAGUUAAACUAACUAGAAGAAACUUUUGUGUCGGACAGUACAGAUAGUUGAAUCACCGAGCACACUUGUUUCGAUGGUGCCUUUUCCGAUCGCCAUUGCCAGUGCAAAAAUCGACACCUUCACCAACUAAUAGACGCAUGAAUAUAAAAAAAACAUGCCCACGUUCAAAAAAAAUGUUCAGCGAUGCUGCAGUCUUGUAAGAUUGAACAUGAAAGUUCACCUGCGUUGCUGCAACAUAUUAUAAAAAAAAACAACUGAUCUCCAAUUCAAAGAUUUUAUUUACCGGAAUUUUCGCAUGAAGUCCUCUGACCCGGUACCCAAACGUCAAGGGCACGUGACUCAGAUAUUCACGUGUGACGUCAGAAAUGGGUCAAAGGUUGUUGGGAGUCGAUAUCGUCUGCAGUCCCGUUUGAGAGAAGGUUGGUGCGGCCUUUCCCAUCUUACAACGUAAUAUUCUUCGGUAUACAAAAUAUCAACACACUCCAACGGAACUGUUUGACCUGGAGAUUGAUUAUGAAACCUGUGAUGACAAAGAAGGCGAGAUUCUGAAGGUUUAAAGUUCGUUUUACUCUCAAAUGUUUCAGACAUGUAACAAGAGGAUCCAGAGAGAAGAUGUCCGCCCUCUUUAGGAACGGAUCUCUCCUCGGGAUGGACGACGUCCUACCGUCGGAGCUGAUCCCUGACACGACCAUACCUCCCACGGAGGUCUCCAACACCUCUGCUGUGGAUGACUUUGCUGGAAGCCUCUCGCUGAAGAGCGGCGUUGAGGCAUUGGUCGGGGAGCCAGACCUCGGGCCCGAAGCGUACGCCGUCCCUACUGUCUUCGCCAUCAUCUGCGCUAUCGGCAUCGCCGGCAACGCACUUGUCAUCUUUGUCGUGUGCAAAUAUCAGCAGAUGAAAUCAGUGACCAACUACUACAUCGUGAACCUGGCCAUCGCCGAUAUCGCCUUCCUGGUCUGCUGUGUGCCGUUCUCCGCGGCAGUCUUCGCCACGACGAGCUGGCACUACGGGCUUUUCAUGUGCAAGUUCGUCAACUACUUUAUGCUGGUGACCCUUCAAGCGACCUGUCUGACCCUGGCUGCCCUGAGCUUUGACCGCUACUUGGCUAUCGUGCACCCGGUCAGCUCACUUGUCUACCGCACCAAGGGCAAGGCCAAGAUUGUCAGUGCCGUCAUCUGGCUGGUGUCGUUCCUUGCGUCCAUCCCUGUGGCCGUAUACCAGACGGAAGUGAAGGGGUACUGGUACGGGCCACAGAUAUACUGCAGACGGAUGUUCCCAAGCCUGGAAGCCGCACAAGCCUUCAUGAUCUACUCCGUGCUGGUGAGCUACGUCAUCCCGUUGAUGGUCAGCGCCACAUCGUACAUCCUGAUCCUCCGCCGCGUGUGCCGGCCAGCCGUCCAGCCGGAGGCCAACAACGCCGUCAUCCAGGCGCACCAGGCCAAGCAGAAGCGCAAAGUGGCGCUCAUGGUGGCCACGGUCGUGCUGCUCUUCACACUGUCCUGGCUGCCCAACCACAUCCUCAACCUCUGGCGCUGCCUGGACCCGAAGUCACCAAUGACUCCGACCAUUCACUACAUCAAGAUCGUUGCCCUCUGCCUCAGCUACGCCAACUCGUCGAUCAACCCCAUCGUCUACAGCUUCAUGGGGGAAGACUUCCGCAAGAACUUCAAGAAGGCGUUCCCAAGGUGCUUCAAGGUUAACGCCGUGGUCCCCGUCAACGACCAGCUGGAGCUGCCGGGGCCAAGCGGCAAGAAGGCGUUCAACGUGACCGACAAGGCCGGCCAGUCUACCGAGGCGGCGUGCCAGUCCACCCAGAAAGCGAGUUCGACUAGUAAAGACAUGCAAUCCUCUGCAUGAGCGCGUUCCUCUUCAACCUCCAAGCAGAUAUAGGUGGAUCUAAACAAUCACUGUGUUUGGCAUUUUCUUACGCAGAGUCUCGCGUAAGUAAACCGGACUGAGGUUUUAACCGGCUGGUAUAAGCCAAUCAGAGAAUCGACUUUACCUAACAACAGUCAGGUCAUUCUCUGAUUGGCUGACAGUAAGUCACGCCCACAAAAGCGGAAGCCUCAAUCCGGUUUAGCAGAGCCUUGCCGAGGUAUAUAAGCCAUGGGCGAGGCUCUGCAUGGGGGAAUAAGUGUAUGGUGGAGGAUAGAUAUUGCGCGGAUCGGUUGUGAGAAAAGGGAAGAUUACGAUCUAUCCUCCCGAUAUCUGUUUGGAGCUAAAUCAUAAAAUAAUCCUCUUCAAGUCCUUAGCUUCUUCGGUAUUGAUGCCUGGAUCUUUUUCUUAGGCGGAAAGGACGAAAUUGGCAAGAGAAACAAGAAAGGGAAUAUCUGGCGCAUUAAUAUAAAACAUUGCCAUUAUGUACAUAUCUUGUAAAAAUCUAUACACAUCACACACACACACAUACACACACACACACACACACAAACAGACAAAUCACACACAUGUACACACACACACGGACAGACAUACACAAACCAUAAUUGAUACUGAUAUAUUUCUUUAUUCUAGUUUAGCUUGAGAUAUCAGACUAGCUUCAAAAUAUUGAUAGAUAUAAUAAGAUCGCAAUGAUAGAGUUAGUGAUGAUUGAGCACGUGGCUACUUAAAGUCAAGUGCGUAAGCGGCUCUGGAACAGAAGGUUGCGAGUUCGAGUCCCAGCUGCACCCACUCAUAAGGCAAACAUUCUGCCGGAAAAGGUCGAAAGCCUUUGAUGCCUAACGAUUUAAACCAUAGUUUACUCGCGUUUCUUUUGGGGAAAAUCUUUUGCUUGUAGAUUGGAAUACUAACUACUGUAUAUACUGUACAUAGUGUCUCCUGGUCUCACGACUAGUAGAGGAGUAGCGAUUGUUGUAAGCUUCGCUACAUCGACGUUUUGAGAAACUUUACUGAUGUAGUUUUCAGAAUCUGUGCCUGGCUUCAGAAGAAAUAUGACUUCUAGAUUCUAAUGACGUCAUUUCUGAUGACUUCUUGAAAAAAAAAGCAGAUUUAGUUUUUUGCAGGUUGUUCAUCAGAUUUGUAUAUACUGUAAAUACAGUACAGCGUACUUUUUCAUCAGCGCUGUUGGAAAUUUAGAUUUUGUCGGACACGUUUUUAUCUCGGAGGAAGACAGCUUUGAAAUUGAUUCUCUGUAAAAUAUAUUCAUAGACUAAUCUAUUUACAGCUACAUGAAGAGAAUAGCGCUACUGAUCACAGCGUUUUCUAGUGCCUGAUAUUGCGCUCCUCGAUCAAGGAAAAUGUCAAGUCAUGUUCAAUUUUAGAUCAAUCAUGCGCUAUCUGGGUCGCCAAUUAGUAUAUCAUAGACAUGAUGACAUGAUUGGUUAAUUAUAACCUUGUAAACCAAAGUACUUUUAUAGUCAGCUGUGUGAAGAGAGCGGCUGAACAAAUAUAUAUACAGUAGAACCCAGUUAAUUGCACAACGGAUUAAAAGCACGGAAUCCCCAAAUCCCAAACCGGCUUGGUCCUGCAAGAUAAC